UUUCCCAUCAUUUUAAAUGAAAGGCAAAUUCCUGGUGCAUCCUGCAUCUAUUCUAGUACUAGUUUCGUUUUGCUCAUUCAUAUUUCAUUUUCUUAAAAUUAUGGGUAAAUGAGAAUUAUUUUAAAUUUUUAAAAUAGUUCAUAGAAAAUUUUCCAUGUCAAAUGCUAGAAAUUAGGUUAUGUUGAGUGUUCAAGUCGCUGUCAAAAUUCAGUGUUUGUUAAUAAUUAAUAACAAAUAUUUACACUUACAUAUAAGGACUCUUAUUUCCAUUCUCUCUUAUUUGUCAUCUCCUUACAGCGAAUUUUUCAUUUUCGACUCAGAUAAGACAGGGAUAUGGUUUUACAGAAACUUCAAUAAAUAUCACACAUAGUAAUUUGCAUGAAGAAUGCCUAGUUCUCAUUUAUUUGGAAUAAAUAAUGAAGGACGAGUGCAUACACUCUCAACUACAGGCUCCUUUUGGAGAGAAUUGCCAUAUGCUGGACAAGAGUUCAAGAAACUGUCUGCCUUACCUCACUUUUUAUGGGCAGUCGGUGGUGAUCAUCAAAUUUAUGUUUAUGUUCAUGGUUUGGAUGUUCCUAUAAGAGUUAGAGAAGAAUCAUAUGAAAAUGAGAGGUGGUACCCAAUUGAGGGUUUUUCAUCCAAAUUACUACCAACUGAUAGAUUCCGAUUUUCAAAUGCUGAUGGAACUACUGACCGAUCUAUGGAUAAAAUUCGCCUACCAUCAAUGGCCUGGCAGUGGGAAGGCGAUUGGAAGAUUGAAUUAACAUUAGAUGGACAACCGUUAGAUCAUAAUGGAUGGACUUAUGCCAUGGAUUUUCCUACACAAUAUCAUCCAAAGAAACAAUGGACCAGCUGUGUAAGAAGGAGGUUAUGGGUUCGAUCUAGGAGAUACAGUGCAAUGAAUUCUUGGUGUGCUAUUGCACCUCUUCAUAAAGAUGCUACAAGUGAACCUUUCAUAGAUGUCUCUGUUGGGGGACAAUACGUAGCAGGAGCAGAAGAAGGGACCAUGCUAGUGUGGGCUAUUACCUCUUUGAAUAGGGUUAUGUUCAGAGUUGGAGUAAGCACUAAAUCACCUGAAGGGACUCGAUGGACUGAGAUAGCUGUUCCACUUGGAAAUGAAGUAGUUCAAUUGAAUGUUGGUCCUACAGGUUUAACUUGGGCAGCUUUAGCAUGUGGUAGGGCUAUAGUACGAGUGGGAGUUACCAGGGAUAAUUUACAAGGGACUAAUUGGGUAGAAGUAAGAAAUCCGGGAACAAACACUCUGAAAAUAAUUCAACUUUCUGUUGGUACUAAUGCAGUGUGGGCAGUUACACAAGAUAAACAAGUGUGGUUCAGAAAAGGUGUAAGAGGAGAAGGUGCUGGAAUGAGUGAGGAUCUAGCUAUAGGUUCAGGUUGGAUUGAAAUGGUAGGAAAGAUGGCCCUUAUAUCAGUUUGUACUAAUGAUCAGGUGUUUGGCAUUGGCGCCGAUGAUAGGAGGGUAUACUUCCGGACGGAAGUUUCACAAUCUGAUCUCACAGGAAAAAGAUGGAAAACUUUAACAGCGCCUCUCCAAGUGAGCCGUGCCAGUAGUAAUGCUAGUCUAAAUAGGGAUAGGUUUCAUCGUAGUACCCAGAUGCUGAGUCGGCCGAGUAGCAUGUACGAAUCUUCCGCCCUCUGUGAUUUUAAUGAACAGUCUCAUUCAGCACCAACAGUUCCCACCUCUCUUCCAGUAGGCGAUUUAAGUACGAAAUUCGAGUCACAGCCGAAAAACCCGAAAGCCUGGAGUCCGGUCCAUUCCGUCGGAUCCGUGGUAGGCGUCGAGGCGCGUGCCGAUGCCGACGAGAGCGUUUGGAGCAGCAAGGAUUCCUGUAUUUUUGCCGAUGACGAGGAACUGGGCUGGGCCGAAUAUGAGGCGCCCUGGUCUUGGGUUGAAGCUGGGGCUUGUACCAUAGAGAACGGUCAAACCCCCAAUUGGUUCACUAUUGGAAAUGGAUCAAGCAUUGAAGAGUUAGAUCAGCCGUGGCGCAAACAAAUUCUGGACUCCUUGAAGGAAAGGAUUCCUAAUGCAGAAAAAUACGAUUCAUAUGAAAUGGCGGUCGAUACUUCUUCGUGGGUUCAAACCGGCGAAGCGAGGGUCAGUAUGAAGAAAAGGCCUUUUCUUGACUGUUCUCUCCAAUUGGAGUGGCUGCAGAAUAAUGGGACUUUGACUAUAUUAAACCCCGAUGGAGCUUCAACUAUGACAUCUUUCAGUUUGAGUGAAAUCACAUGUAUACAAAAUUGCACCGAGCCGGGUAAUCCUAGGCUGGCUUUAUAUAUUCCUAGAUUGAUUCCAUCAGUUGUGAAGCUUCAAUUCACUAGCGACAAUUUGUUGGAAGAAUGGCAAACUCAUCUGCAUACUACUUGUUCAAAGAUACACCACAUUACCGGUAAACCUAGCGAUUCAUGUGUUUGGGCUGUUACUAAAUUGGGGGACAUUUUCGUUUGGGAUCCUACAGAGCUUGAGAAGCAUCAGCUCAGAGAAGACGAGUUUUAUGUCCAGAAGUAUGAUCUUAGUGGAAAGGAAUCACCAAUCAAAGUACCUUUGAGAGUUGGAUGUUUACCAGGAGCUAUUAUCACACUAUCUGGAUGUGUAGGAGACGAUGCUGAACGAAUAGGAAUCAAUUUAGAAGCGGAAAGCACGUACAAGCUCAAAAGUAAAUCUUUCACCGAAUUUGAAAACAUAGUUCUUCACAUAAAUCCUCGAUUUAGCGAUAAUUGUGUUGUGAGGAACACUAUGAUCGAUGGCAAAUGGGGUAAGGAGGAAAAGGAAGGCGCCAUGCCUUUUGUUAAAGGACAAGAAUUCACCCUUAAGAUAGAAACAUCUGAAGAUGCUUACAUCAUAUCCGUGAAUAAUGAGAAAUUUUGUACAUAUAGACAUAGACUGCCGCCUCAAGCGGUGUCCCAUUUGAGUAUUUGGGGUAGAUUGCAGCCAUUUAGAUUAGUGAUCAAGAGCCCAGAAAUGAUCAUUGAUCCAAAUAGUGUGUUUUGGCGACAGAUUGGAGGUCAUGUCCGAAAAGUCGAAAGUUGUAACGUUGGAGUUACAUGGGCAAUUGGACACGAUCAGACCGCUUGGGUGUACACUGAAGGUUGGGGUGGGGGUUUUCUGGGUAAUAUGGAGAGCCAUAAUGUACAUCCUAUGACAGACUCCCAGGAUUACAGGGUUUAUGAGAAUCAACGAUGGAAUCCUGUUACAGGUUUUGCUUCAGCAGGCCUACCUACAGAUAGACCUAUGUGGAGUGAUGCUUCUGGUAAGCAAAAACGUCUUAAAGAUCAGGUCAAACUUCAGUCGAAACACUGGCAGUGGAUAUCUGAUUGGAUGGUGGAUUACCAUGUGCCGGGUGGAGUAGACAAGGAUGGGUGGCAGUACGCUGUCGAUUUUCCUGCUACUUACCAUGCCAGUAAAAAUUUCACUGAUUACGUAAGGAGGAGACGUUGGUAUAGAAGGUGCGCUGUAUCAACAACUGGUCCAUGGCAAGAACUCGGACACACAAAACUGCUAGACGUAUCCCUUGCGCCUGUCAGAGAUGACAUGGAUACAGUUAUCAGCGUUUGGGCGUUGGCUUCUGGUGGCCAACCAAUCGUACGAGUGGGCGUGUCCAAACAAAAUCCAAUGGGUAAUGGCUGGGAGCAUGUAAGUUCCGAUAAACCUUUGAACAGCAUAAGCUGCAGUCCCUUCGAUAGAGUUUGGGCAACAGAGAAGAAAGGCUGUGCGUGUGUGAGGAUUGGAAUAACGGAAGACAAAUUGGAAGGUGAAAAAUGGGCGAGCGUGCAACCACCAAAUGGUGGAGAGUUGAAACAAAUAUCAGUUAACACCAUAGGAGUUUGGGCAGUGGAUCAUUUAGGAAGACUCCAUGUCCGUAAAGAGGUUUCUUCUAACAAUCCUGAGGGCACCCAUUGGCAGACAAUAAUUGCUGGACCUCCCAUUUUGAAUUCAGGUACGCAUACUACAUGUUUUAAACAAGUAAGUGUGGGGCGUGUUGGAGUUUGGGCAGUGACAGACGGCGGAUCGAUUGUGAGAAGGCUUGGAAUAUGUCCUAGUAAUCCAGCAGGUUCUGGCUGGGACGUUUUACCUACUGAAAAGUGGCAUUACAUCAGUAUUCAAGCGCUUAACUGAUAAGACUUCGCGGCAUUUAUUUAUUGAUUUUAAUUCAAGUAUUGUACAAGCUUCUGAUUGGAAAAACCAAUUUUAAUCUCGAAUAUUCCUCCUAGUCUAUGGAUUUUAUUUAUUUUAUGUACUGAAUUUUAUGUGAAUUUGAUAUUUUUUAUUGACAUAUUUUCUAAUUUAAUAUUUUAACUCGAAUGACUCAAGCAAAGUAACGUUCAAUAUUUAAUUGAAUGAUUUCUGACUUGAUCAUUUAUGUUUUUUAGAUAUUAGAAAGUUGAUUUCAAUUGUCAUCAAUGAAAUUGUGAUAUGUUUACAUUUGUGCAUUUAAAUUUGUAAGAUUAUACUCUUAGUUGUUUUAAACGAAUUUAUAUUUGAUAAUAAUGAAAAGAUCUCCCAACUUCAAAUAAUCAAAUCCAAAUGCUAAGCUCAAAUGCUCACCAUAUUAAUACAGAAUAACUUAAAACUUUCGUGACUUAUCAUUCAGGAAUUUGUUAUUCAGAAGAAUUAAUUGAUGCAGUAGUGAGAAAAGCCUACUUAAAAAAUUUAAGAUUGUAACUUGCCUAUUUCAUUCCAUAUUUUUUAGUUUUAGUUAUAUUGAAGGCUUUGAAAUGGUGGUUCGAAUUUUGUGAUUUAUUGAUUUUUCAAAUGAUAUGUGAUAGAUGUGUAAUGAAUAAACCGAGACUAAUAUUUUAUUUUA